AUGUCAACCUCGUAUCGUACCAUCCGUGCUUCUUUCGAUGAGGAUUGUGUUGUAGUAUACCAAGCAUACAAUGCAUCUAUCGCCUCAGCCGCCGUCGAACACCAGAUACUCUCAGCAUCGUCUCUGCUCAAGCCUGGCCGCAUGACAUGGAUCAAGCCUUCCUGGUGCUGGAUGAUGUACCGAAGCGGCUACUCAUACAAAGACCUGAACCAAGAACGAAUCCUGGCGAUUCGCAUGAAGCAUGAGCAUUUUGCCGAGCUCUUGAGCAACGCAUGUCUGGCUGAAAGUCCACAUGCCAGAGGCGAGUCGGUAGUCGUUCAGUGGGAUCCCGAGCGCGGCCCAAGACUGGAGAAGUUGGAUUACAGGACCAUCCAAAUUGGCAUUCCCGGCUCGAUUCGAGAUAAAUGGAUUGCAGAAUGGAUCGAGGACAUCGAAGAUGUGACAGAACGCGCCAGGAGCAUGAAGCGCAUGCUUGAUGACGAUGCUGCAAUCGAUGCUGGGCGGCUGAUUGAGCGAAGUCUCAUGCCGGAGGAGAGGCCUUGCGCUGUUGACGAUGCCAUUAUUCAAAGGCUCGAGAUGUCUACACAUGACUGA